AUGUCGGCUACUCUCUUUGCAAUUUCAUCGAACCUUAUGAAGAGGACCUUCUCAAUUUGUUCAUUCAACUUGGCCGCGGCAAAAUCCCCACCCUUUUUGCUAUCCUACAUUGCAAUCUCUCCCAAGAAGCCCGUGCGUCUCUUUGUUCCCUCUCUUGCCGAUGAGCCUGCAAGCAAGAGCCCCCCGGAGUUCCCCAAGGUGCCAAAUCAUCAACCCAGUGUCCCACCGGAAGUGCCACCGGUUCCUACCACUCCGAAGAUUGACCCAGGAAGUAUUCAGGCCGAAGUGAACACUAAUCCUCCGGGGACGAAACCAGGACCGGAGUUCCCGAGGACUCCUAUUCCGCCACAUCCCGACCCGGGACCGGAACUCCCGAAGCCUACUAUACUGCCGCGUCCCGACCCAGAUAUACCGCUUCCGAAACCGGACGUAGUGCCGCCUUAUCCACCCGAUUACGUACCACCGAAUCCCUCAGGGCCGGAUAUCGUGCCUCCGCCACCACCGACUGGGCCAUAUAUUUUGGAGGAAGUGCUUCGCCGGGGAGUUGGCCUUAAGUGUAUUGAAUUUGAACUCGUUGAUGUUUAG